GGGCGCGCGACGCCGCACGCACGGUGAGGGCAGGGACGGCGGCGGCUCGCGCCUCCCGCGCCCACCGGAACGGGGGCACCUGGCGGGGCGGGGCCGCGGCACGACUGCACCAAGUAAUAGAGAACUAAGCACACAGGAGGAGAAAAAGGCAUGAAAGCAUGAACAACAGAGUUGGACAAGACUAGAGACAAGUCCAUAUUGCUUUAGAGUUCACCUGGACACUGAUUUUCAUGAGAAAGCUAAGAAACAGAUGACACCAGCAACUCGACAAGAAGUUCUUGGCCUUUACCGCAAGGUUUUGCAAAUAGCCAAAAACUGGCAGUCGGCAUCAGGGCAGAUAGAGGAAACCAUGAGAGAGAAAGAGUACAUCAGAAAUGAAGCCAGAACAUUAUUCCGAAAGAACAAAAACGUAACAGAUCCAAAGCUGAUUAAGCAGUGCAUAGAAGAAUGUGAGGCAAGAAUAGAAAUUGGACUUCACUAUAACAUCCCCUACCCAAGACCUAUCCAUCUGCCUCCUAUGGGCCUUGCCCAUAAACAAGGCCGUACAUUGCGACACCAGGAAAAGUUAAGGAAGAUUUCUAAGCCAAUAUACCUGAAAUCCCAUGAUGAAAUUUCAUAAGGCACCAUUUAAGCUGUGAUGUGUAAUCACAUCCUUUAAACUGUGAACUGCAAUCCAGGUGAUUUGUGUGCAUGACUGUGAAUGGUGUGGCCACUUGCUCACACAUUUCCUGAGGCCAAAAAGCCAAUUGAUCCAUUGUGUAUGAUGGAUAUGGUUGGUUAGUAUUUAUUACAUUUCAACCACCGACUUGUCAAUAAAUGUAACACUUUUUAAGGA